AGCCUCUCGGCACCGCCUCCGUUCUGUGCGUAAAGACGCAUUAAGAAGUGGCACAGAAACUGAUAAUCCAGACAGGAGGUGCUUGAGGUUACAGUACAGCCUUUCACUGAUGGGAACACAGAGACAGACUGACCUGUGGAAUCAGCUCAUCUCGGCUCGUUUUGUUGCUAACUUUAAUUUAUGCGAAUUUCCCCUCAUCGCAGGUUUUCGCUUCGUGCGCCUUCAUGGCCGCAGACUGAAAGUUUGAAACUACUUCCAAGAAGCUUGCGUUGACAUGGUUUGUGUCUUCCGGAGACGGAGGCUAUUAAUGGGAUUUCUUUUCCCCUAAUUCACCUAAGGGCAGUUGGACAGUGAGCUGGAGGCGUCUGGAGGCUGGAUGGCCGACAUGUCUCCGCAGCAGCAGCAGGACAGCCUGAGCCGAGGCGGCGGGCAGCAGGAGAACAAGCGGCGAAUGAAGACUCAGAGUUAUCGGCGACAGUCAGCACCGUCUCUGGUCAUCAGCAAGGCUCUGAUCAGGUCCAAGACUCUGUCCAGAGAGAGCUUCCUGGUUCCUGUGUCCCCAGAGACCUGCCCGUUGGUCCAGUCCUUCCUGACAGACUCCGACAGAUCCUUUCUCCUCCACGGACAUGCUCAGUUGAAGACGGGGAUGCAGACUCAGGACAGACACCUCUUCCUGUUCAACGACAUCCUAGUGAUUGCCAAAGCCAAAUCAGCCAACCACUUCAAGCAGAAGGCCCAGGUGUGUGUGUGUGAGAUGUGGACGGCGGGCUGCAUGGACGAGGUGUGUGAGGGAAGCACGAAUCCCGAGAGCAGCUUCGUCAUGGGCUGGCCCACCUGCAACUGUGUCGCUACGUUUAGCUCAGCAGAACAGAAAGAGAAAUGGCUCUCCCUCCUCAAAAGUCGGAUAAAAGAAGAGAAAGAGAAGGAAGAACCUAAAACCAUCCCUCUGAGAGUCUACGGGAAGGGAAUCAAUACCUUUGCUAUUACCAAGACGCUGCCGGUCAGCAACUCAGAUUCAACCAACGAGGUGAUCCGACUGGCCCUGCAGCAGUUUGGCAUCAUAGGAAACGUCAAAGACUUCCAGCUGUGGGUCAUCUCCAAGAGGGACACGACUCCUUAUCCUCUAAUCGGUCAUGAGUUUCCCUUCAGCAUCCAGAUGAGUCAUGUGAGAGUCUCUCAGGCAGGAGGUGGAGGCAGAGAUGCUGCUGCAGCACCUGCAGACAGAGAGAAGACGAUGCAGGUGGAGCAGCUGCAGGGUUCCAAACAGUGUCAGUUCAUCCUGAAGCCUCGACCCGUCGAAUCGCUGCAGCAGCACGUUUCAGCAGAUUUGCCUCAGAAGUCGUUCAAAAGGAGGCGUUCUCUGAUCACCUGGGCCUUCUGGAGAGGCUCCUCCUCCCACCUGAACGAACUGUCCUUGGCUGGUGCUGCUCGAGGCUGCUUGUUCAGCCAACCGCUCAGCUCUGUUUGUGUAGAGGACGCUCUGCCAAAGCCAGUCAUGGACAUGCUGGCGUUCCUUUACCACGAGGGUUCUUGGACUCGGGGAAUCUUCCGUCGGCCGGCAGGGGCUCGAGCCGUCAGGGAGCUGAGAGACUCUCUGGACGGCGGAGAGGUUCAGCUUCCUCUGACACGAGACCACGUUUUUAUCAUAGCUGGAGUCUUUAAGGACUUCUUGCGCAGCAUCCCGGGCAGCUUGCUGUGCUGUGAACUGCACGAAGACUGGAUGGAAGCUCUGGAGGAAGAUGAUGUGGAGGAAGAGCAGGUGCAGGACAUACAGAGGAUGAUCGGUCGGCUGCCCAAACAGAACGCGCUGCUGCUGCGCUACCUGCUGGCCGUGCUGCACGGUAUCCAGGGUAACGCCCAGGAGAACCAGAUGACGAGCUUUAAUUUGUCGGUCUGCAUCGCUCCCAGCAUGCUGUGGCCUCCAGGAGCUCCUUGUAGCCCCGAGGUGGAGGGAGAGGGGACGAAGAAGGUUUGUGAGUUGGUGAAGUUCAUGAUCGAACACUGUCAGCAGAUUCUUCGAGAGGAUCCGUCCUCGCUGUUUGGAGGACCUCCACAGAGAGUCAACAGCGAGGAGACGGGAUCAGAGUCGUGGGUUUACCCUCUGACCGACUCCUCCUACAACAGUCUGGAGAACGAGCUGGACAACAGCAGCGGCGGCUCACCAGGAUUCUGCAGCAGAACUGGCCUCCGCUCCAAACCGCUACAAGGCAGCCUGGACUCCAUCCUCACGUUCAGCGACUACGACCAAGACACCGACCCAGACGCACGCCGCAAACAGAAGCUCCACCCUCGGGGGAGACGCAGGAGGCAGGAGCUGGACCUCUCCUGCUCCACACGGGACCAACCGAUGGUGGACGCCUCCUCCACCCUGGACUCUCUGUCCCUGGAGGGUCGACACACCCAGCGGCGGCGCUCGGAGCCGGCUAUAGCGUACGUGGCCAAGUUCCAGCCGUGUCCUUCGGGCAGCACGGACGGUCUCACCGGGGAGGAUGAGGAUGGUGAAGAGGAAGUUUCCCAGAAGACGAGUCGCCACACACCGACUCUGCCACACUGCAGAGGUCAGAGCAGGAGGCCUGCUGGAGAGUCUGGGGUGAACGGUGGCCGGUCAGCAGCUCUGGAGGCCAGCUCCUCCAGCCUCUCCUCUACACCCGCCUCCCCCGCACCCACCCGCUCCUCCCUCGACUCUCUGGACUCCCUCAGCAACGACCAAACCUGGGCGACCAGGAGGGGGCUUCACCCAAACAAAACCCCUCCGCCGUCCAACUCACGUUACACCUCCAUCCCCUCCACAUUCUUCACCUCCACUGAACAUCCAGACCGAGGAGCUCCAGCCAAAGACUCCCCGCCUAAAGAACCCCUCAGCUGGGGGACAUUAAAAGGCUGCAGGGGCCUCCACCCAAACUCCUGGCUGAAAAAAGACCGGAGGCUGUCGCUGACGCAACAAGACAACUUGGAGAAGGAAGAAGAGGACAAGACUGGGGGAGGAGCUGCUGAUAAAUCGCUCACACUGGGGAAGCUGAUCCCAGAUAGAGGACGGUCGGGUGAGAAGGGAACGGCAAAACCGAUCUCCAGCAGCCAAGCCAAGUCCAACACGUCCAGCAGAGGCUCCAGCGAUGCGAGGGGGAGACCUCACCGACCUCCUAAACACGACUCAUCCAGCCCUCCUUCCCACCACCGCUCCACCGGGAGCCUCCAUUAUUCUAAAUCUACCUGCUUUCACUCCCCACAGGCCCUGAUAACCGUCAGACAGCUCAACUCUAAUCCUCCAGCCGACAGCAGCAGCCAGAGGCGAGCAGCUCACAGUGAAGCCGCCGAGCAGAAGCAGCCGUCUCCGUCUUUGUUUUACAGACACAGCGGUCCUUCUCUGUCCCUGUUCAAGCGGCAGAAGUCUCACUCUGUAGAGGGGGAGUUUAACUGUCGGCUCUAUCAGCGCCGCGGGUCAGAACCAGGUCGGCAGGUCGUGGACCGAGCCUCCACUCUCACCCGGGCCAGGCUGCCCAGCGACCCGGGACUGAAGGUGUCACAAGUGGAGCCACAGGGAGGAACCUCUGAGGCUCGGUUCUGCCUCUCUCCUCACGCCACCAAGACAGUGAGGGACUACUUCUCCUCACACCUGCGCAGCAAUCCUCAGAGCAGCCAGCAGGUGGCGCUGGCUCUGGUGGAGGGUCGCAGGGAAUGGCUGAAGAGAUGCAGCGACCCGUCGGCAGAACCGGACUUCGACCAGCUGCUGUUUGCUGAGGAAUCCUAUGUGUGAUUCUGACUGGGAGCUGGAGCGAAACGGUCAGAUAAGUGCAACAUAAAUCACCUUAAUCACAGCGAUACAGAGCCGCAAAUACACAACUUGAGUGUUUUAAACCAGAGCCACCAGGAAACAGCAGUUCUCAAACUCACCAACUUGAAUUUGACUGUCUAGUGACACAUUUUAUGAGUAAAUUUAACUGGUUUGCCAAAGUGGAGCAAACAAAGUAAAAGCUGCUGUCACACAAAACCAACUGUAUUUUUCUUUUGUUUUACCACAUGGAGAAAUAAGUCUAUUUGCCUAAUGCUUAUUGCCAUUAAGGAAGCAUGACUGAUUUUAGCUGAAAUGUCAAGACAAAGAAUCUGUACACGGAGAAAACAUCUACUGUGGUCAAAGCAGAUCGGCUGUUUUGGUAUCUGUGUGUUUUUUAUUUAAAUAUAUUAGGCCAAAGUUAAACCUGCCAAUUUUAAACUACCUGCUGUUGCCUUCUUUUCUAAUUCAGACUUAUUGCAUGCCUCAUAGCUGACUGGAGCCACAAUUUGUUUGAAUAAUGAACCAGCUUUCUGCAACAAUAAACACAUGAAGGUCAACAAACAGUAACUUCUACAAACUACGUUCACACAGUUAUGCAUGAUGGUGACAUUACUGCUAUUAUUACUUUAAACCUGAGCUUUCCUGCAUCAACACUGUAUUAAAAAGUUAACAUGCAAUCGUUGCAUAUGAAUAAAACAGUAAUUUCGUAAUGGAAGCAGCUUAUAUGAAUGUAGUUCACGAUACUUAAAAGUUUCAAGUUCACACAAGUUUGUAAAUGUCAUUUUUAAAACUGUUUUAGUGAAGUCGAUGCUAUGUUUUGCCAACUGUAGUAUGUAUGGAGUAUCAUUACUGAACACACCUUUGUAGAUGCUAAAGUUUCCUACAAUGAGAUCUGCUCUUAUUCUCUAUUUAACCGACAUUUUAAAUAGGGCUGCACGAUAUUACAUCAGCAAGUGAAGCAAAAAAAAAAAACACAUUAAGCUAGAAGUUUUUUGCUAGCACAGUUCUUAUUUGAUUCUUGUUUUGCAUUUGUUGCCAAUGAUCCAGUUUUCACAUAGGCCUGAUUUGAAUUAAUUGUCACAUUUUUCAAGCUUUAUAUUUUGUGCAGCUUUAAAAUAGACCACAGGACUGUUGCUUUCUUACACUGCCUCCUUAUUAUGUAUUUAUACGCUGUGUUAAUAAGCUAUAAAGUCUGCAUUUACAAAUAAAAUGACAUGUCAGCUUAAA